UGUGGGCCGCAGGGGCUGAUGGGAGGAGUGAGGAGCUGUCAGAAAGCACGUGGCCCUCGUCUGAUCUCACAGCUCGUCCUUGUUUGGCCUCAGCUGCAUCAGAGCGCCACUUCUCCCCAGGUUCACCAGAGGAAACACCACUGCACAAAAUGCUUUUCCUCCCAGCUGCUGCUCUGUGCUGUCUGUGUUCAGCGCUGGUUGCCAUGGCAGAAGAUCUGGUUCAGGACCAGUUAUCAUUGACUAAAAGAGUUGGUGAAACUGACACCAUCAGCUGUAAAGGAACUGAGCAGUGUGAUAAAAAGCAGGUUUAUUGGUACCAGAAGACAGAAACAGACCCGCUCAGAGUGAUUCUGCGUAUCGACCUGACUGAUGGGAAGGUGAAUUCCCGCUAUGGUCAUCCUCAGAGAGAUGAUUUCAAAGCUUCAAGAAAAUCAAAUGGCUGUGAGCUGGUGAUCAAAGAAGUUAAACUCACCCACUCAGCCACCUACCUCUGUGCCUGCUGGAAAAAUGCUGAAAGGCUAUUUAUCUUCGGCUCUGGAACUAAACUGUAUGUAACAGAUGAGGACGUAGUGAAGCCCGUGGUGAGCGUGUACCCAGCAGCAUCCAGAGCCCACCUGGAGGGGAAGACCUCCCUGCUGUGUCUGGCCUCAGGCAUGUUUCCUCCUCUGGUCCAGUUCUCCUGGAAAAGACCGAAGGAGGAUGGUUCUCUGGAGGAGCUGCCCUCUGCUGAGGGAGAGCAGCUGGAGCUCAGAGAGUCGGGACGCACUGCCUCCAUCUUGCUGGUCGACCGAGAUGCUUUCUACACAUAUAAAUACCACUGCUCUGUCAAGCACGAGACGGGCACAGUGGAGGCCCAAACACUACAAGAGGUUACUGCUCCUCCUCCUCCACCACCAGGUCCAGUCCUGGUGACCUGGUACAGAGAGAAGUUGCUCUGUCUGCUCUACGCAGUGCUGAUAAUGAAGAGUCUGGUGUACUGCUGUGGACUCUCUCUGAUCAGGAUCGUCAGAAACAAGGCACCGUCCACCAACCACACAUAUGACGACUGACCGUCCUCCAGCAGCUUUAACUUCUCACUGAUGCUUGUUAAAGAAAAACUCCUGCGCUGCCGAAUGUAAGAUGCUCAUUAAAACUCAAUUGCCUUCUUCUUUUAAGAUAACCAAACCAUGAAUGUAUCCUGACAAGUGCUGUCUGUGUAGCUAAAGCCUGAGCUCCUGUGUCAUGUAAAAGUAGUGACAUACAUUUGUGCAAGUGGAAUUUUACAUUUUAAAAUCAAAAUGAUGAACGUGAUUAAUUGUAGUUUAUUUCUUUCAGUGGUGAGCACAAUAAACACUGAAACUGGCCCAUGAGCAUGUUUGGUGUCAUCUACCGUCUACCCACAAUGCAACAGUGAGGCUCAUUGAUGCGUUUUUUAAAUAGUUUUCAUCUCUGUGACACAGAGGAAUAAGAUGACUCAGGUUCUGAUAAACAGACUGAACUUGUUCAGAGUAGACCAUGAAUGAUUUUGCUGAUACAAACUAAAAAGAAUAACACCAGCCUCAUUCUUCAAUCAAUUUUCAAAAUAAUAAUCAAUUAUCUCAUUAUCCAUAGAUAGCAAAUGUAGUUUUUAACAAGUGUUAAUAUAAAUAUCAAACUUUUAUAAGUUUUAUAAUUAUAGCUUAAUUAAAAACAGGACAUUUGAUCAGGAGAUUAGAGUGAUUCAGAACUCACUCAGCUCUUAGUUUUUUUGUUUUUUUUUUACAUGAUGCUUAUUUUACUAAACAUUUCUCUCAAUUUUCCUUUAUGUUAUUAACUCAAAUGGCUGUUUUUUUAUCCUGACAUUUUUUAUUGUGAUAUUUUUAGUGACUAUUAAGCACAUGUAGUAAAAUCUGUUUAAAAAAUAAAGAUACUUUCUCUCAUUUUUUCAUUCAUUAGUCAUAGCACUGGUACAUACAAUAAUACUGUGUUAUUCAUGUAUACAGUGCCCAGUUUUAAUAAAUGUAAUAAAAACAUUCAA